AUGAAGAAUCCAAUGAGGAAGAACCCCCCAACCACUGAAGAAUCUGAAGCCUAUCCGCAUUCAGAUGAGUCUUCUGAUUCGGAUGGUGUUGUGCCCGAACAUGAAAUUCCAGCUCAGUAUGAGUCUAGUAACACACCUCAACUUCCACAAGGUAACGAAAAAAACUUUGUAUACCCUGAAGGCUUAAGAGAAUACGAACCUAUUGAUCGGGAUGAAGAUGACGAAAUGGAUUUCUGGAGUGCACAACUCCUACACGUUGUUCAGAAUGGUAUGGUUUUUUCAAGUAAAGAAGAGUUGAUGCUCGGCAUUCAUUCAUGGAAUAUUAAAUGUAACAAAGAGAUGUAUGUCGUUGAAAGCACAACAAAGAAAUGGAGAGCAAGAUGCUACACAACAAACCCGAAGUGCAACAUUAAUCUUCGCACUGGGCCGCCUUGUGCAUGGUAUGCUAAUGCCCGUAGGAAGACCAGUGACAGCAUGUGGCAACUCACUAGAUGGGUUGACUCACACAACUACUACGGGACAGUAGUGGGAAACAGCAACAGAUGUAUGAAAUCUAAGGAUAUUGCAACACGAAUCCUUCACCACAUACGUGACGACAUCGCAUUUCCGGUGAAGAGCAUUCAGGCACAUAUAAAAGACCGUUUGGGUGUUGAUAUUUCUUAUAGCAAAGGGUGGCGGGCUCGGCAAGAUGCAGUCGAGAGGAUUUACGAUUCUUGGCUAACUAACUUUAGGGAGUUACCAACGUACGUUGACGCAUUAAAAAAGCAUAACCCUACAACUGUUGUUGAUUGGUUACACGAACCCAAAGGUUCGUCCGAUAUCGAAACUUUUAAAUACGUGUUCUGGGCGUUUGGGCCGGUGAUAAGUGCAUUUCAAUAUUGCAUGCCAGUUAUAUCUGUUGAUGGUACUUUCCUCAAGGGGUCAUACAAGGGAAAGUUACUAAUUACAGUCACAAAAAAUGCAAACAAUCUGAUUCUUCGACUAUGUUUUGCAAUUGUUGACGAAGAGACGGCGGAAAGUUGGACUUGGUUUUUCCACCAUCUGUGGGAACACAUCGCAAGGCACCGCGGGAAAAAACUGUGUGUUAUAUCCGACAGGCACAAGGGUAUUAUUAACGCAGUUAGUAAUCUUGCAGUAUGGCGACGAAAUGCUAUUCAUCGUUUCUGUCUUCGGCACAUUCGAAGCAACCUGAUGCAGAAGUUUAAGAUAAAAGAGCUAAAGGAACUUUGUUGGGAUAUUGGUAGCACCACACAACAAAGGAAGUACGAUCAUUCUGUCGAUUUGAUGAAGGGCAUCCUGCCAGAAGCGUGGGAGUAUUUGGAGGAGAUAGGCGAGGAUAGGUGGACUCUUGUACACGAUAGAAACAAUCGUCGUUGGGGAACACUAACGACUAACAUAUCGGAGAGCUUUAACCAUGCGCUAAAGGGAAUUAGGAUGAUGCCGAUAAAGGCCAUCAUUGAGCGUACUUUCGACAAGACGGUGGAGCAUUUUCUAAUGAACAACCAGGUUGCCCACAAUUGUAGAACCCGGUUAGCUCCGUAUAGGUACGAGUGGUAUCAAAUUCGUUACCAAAAUUCGAGACACCAUCGAUUACAAGAGUACAGUUAUGUUAGCGGAAGGUACCGAGUUAUUUCAAAGAUACAGACAAAUGAAUGCGGAGGCAACGAUUACAUCGUUGAUUACUAA